UACGUGUUAAUAAAGAUGAGGCUGAAGCUCAAGAGUCAUUUGGGAAAACGCCCAAAGAUGGAUGAGACUCCUGCCAGGCCUGCAAGCCCUAUCGGACUGACCUAUGUCGUGGCCGCCUCACAGAUCUUGGGUCUUGCUGUUAUCACGGUGAUGGCGGCCUGGAUCGGACAGUAUCGAGGUGGCGUUGCCUGGGACAGCUCUCAACUACUGUUUAACGUCCACCCCCUGUGCAUGGUCAUCGGCAUGGUGUUUCUUCAAGGAGAUGCCCUUCUGGUUUACCGUGUCUUCAGGAAUGAGAGCAAGAAAUCCACGAAGAUCCUCCACGGGCUGAUCCAUUUCUUUGCACUUAUCAUUGCGUUGGUUGGUCUGAUUGCUGUUUUCCAGCACCACAAGAAUCAAGGUUUUCCAGAUAUGUACAGCCUGCACAGCUGGUGUGGCAUCAUUGCAUUUGGCUUCUACUUAGCACAGGUGAGGGAUACCUACAACCUCUUUGUCUCUGAAGGAAUCCUUGCCAACACCUUGGGCCUCCUAAUAAUAGCUUUUGGGGCAGUUGUGGGUUACAUCUUAACCCGGGAAGAAUGGCGGAGACCCCCGUUGGCUGAGGAGCUGGCAUUGUCCAUGGAUUUCAAAAACCUCACUGAAGAAGGAAGUCCAACAAGUACACACUGAGGCUUGCUGUGCCAUCUGCAUUGAGGAGCUGUGUUUCUAUGUGGUAUCUGACCUGUCGCGUAGCAUCAUGCAAUUGCCACUGUUACACAUAUGUAAGCAGUCUUUUUGUUUCAUGACUCCCAUUGCACCAUGUUUCAUAUGUUCACACUGUUUUCUUCAAAGGCUACUAUAAAUGUAGCACAGUGAAAAGGAUUUGUGGCCCCUGAACUGUGUCAGUCAUUUGUGUAAGUGGAGAUUAUUUGUCAUGUGCCCUGUUGAAUAAAAGCAUGACAAGAAUUCCGGGUAUUAUUAGGCCAUAGGAUUAAAUCAAGAACGGGCAAUUUUGGGAGGACAGAGAUUGCACUUUUGAGGUAUCAAAGCCACAAUAAAAAAGGAGGUGAGACUGGGAUUUUGGUGACUUCAUUUUAUGUAUCCUGGUUUGUAUGUAUAUUUAAUUUGGGGGAAUAUGAUAAACCUAUCAAUCAUCUUGCACACAUUUUGUUUUCCUUCCUGCUGAUAAUAAUCAGAAAUCAAAUAUCUUUAUUACAGUCUUUGACCAGCAUUUAAUAGGACAAAAUAGCACCUCUCUUUUCUUUGGCAAUUUGCUGCUAAAUUUCAGUAGUAAUUUUGAGGGCUUCUGAAAAGUGCAAGAAAUUCAGAAGGUGCUUAUGGACCAGGAGCCACCGGCUCAUGUGUUAGUUGCUGUUAGAGGAUUGUUGGCAACCUCAAUUGGAUCAGAUGUUAGGAAGAUAACAGCUUCUGAAAUUAUAACAUUGACAGAUCAAUAGCAAAUACAAUUUCAAAUGAAGAUUGAUCAUUCAGUGUCAUAAGUAUCCAUAUAGUUUUUCCACAUGUUUCCAUGAAGAAAUUAAAGUCAGUAGAGGAUAGGAUAGAAAACAGAAGUGUCUCUUUUGCAAUUCAACAUCCAUUUUUCUUCUGCCAGCAGAUAUUUAAUUGAAAUGCCUGUUCUUUCUGUCAUCAUUGCCUUGAGAACUAUCAGAUUUGACUUUGUUGACUUCUGCACUUACUGUUAAAUAAUCUCUCUGCAAUGUGUGUGGACAAAAGCCUUUCAUUUGAUAUAUAUAAAAAGGGAGUAGAUUUGGGAUUCUUUUAGGAAAGGAAUACCAAUUCAAUUAAUUCCCGUAAAACUGAGUUUAUACAUGAUCAUAAACUAACUUUUCCCAUAUUGGCUGAGAAUUUUGGGAAAGAGAUUUUAAA